AGGUAGGCAAGGGGUGUGGGUGUGUGAGAGAGAGAUUUGCUUUUAUUCCUUUACAGGUGCAUCAAGAUGGUUAAAAACAAUGCUUUGGUUUAAGAUGCCUAACAUCAGACAGCUGCCCCAGAGGGAGAGGAAGACAAGGAAGUGGACCCCGGAGGCCAUGGGAGAGGCCAUCCAUGGAAUGGCGCCGGCGACAACGGCAGCCUGUCAUGGCAGCUCCUUUCAUUGUUGUAGUUUUAGUGUGUUUUCAGUGUGUUUUUGCUAUUUUGAACUCUUUUCUUACUUUCUUACUUUCUUACUACUUUGUUCACGUCGCCUAAAUACUUUUUUGGCGUUUUUGAGCACUUUUUAUUUUUUGUUUACGCUGGUCUCCAUGGCAACGGGGAGUCGCAUUGUUUUCACCCGCGAUCAGAUGAUCGCCCUGAGGCCCCCUAGCAUCCUGACUGGAGAGAGACCCUCCAUACCGGAGGAGCUGAGGAGGAGACGGUGAGGCUGCAGAGCGGGGGUUAAACGGAGGAUGAAGAAGAGGAGCUUUAAACUCUACAUCCCUGCAAUCAUCGAGCAGAUACCGGACUCCAUUGUCACCAUUCCCGGCUUCCAGACGGUUCGAGCCGUCAGGGACACCACUGCGACCGGCAUGAAGAAAGGAGGGGGACUGUCCGUGCUCAUAAACAACAGGUGGUGUAACGCCGGGCACGUCUGUGUGAAAGAGCGUCUGCAGCCCGGACAUCGAGCUCGUCGCCAUCGGACUUCGUCCGUGUUGUCUGCCACGGGAACUUUCCAGUGUUAUCACCAUCACUGUCUAUAUUCCUCACAGUGGUCUUCAUCAUCACCAUCACUGUUUACAUUUAUGAUGUCCUAUUUAUUCUCCUGUACAGCACUUUGGUCAACUUUGGUUGUUUUUAAAGUGCUUAACAAAUAAAGUUGGAUUGGAUUGGAUCCAGGAGGUGAAAGCAGGCAGGCUGGGGUAGGCAGCCAAACAGUUUGGGGUCCCAAAAACGAGCCUGAGUGACCGAGUCAGUGGAAGGGUGGCCUCUGACUGUGUGCACGGUCAGAGGCCACUUCUCACCCCUGCAGAUGAAGAUUCCCUGGUGGAGUACUGCCUUUACUCUGCCAGUCAUGGGUUUCCACUGACAAAGCCUCAGGUUCAGUCUUUUGCGACAGCAAUUUAUAAUCAGCGCUGUCCAGAAGAGAGAAGGGGGAAGUUGGGCCGGACGUGGUGGCUCAACUUCCGCAGGAGGCAAGGCCAGCGCUUCACUUCUCGGACCCCAGACAAUAUUGACCGUGGGAGGGCAUCCUGUGCCAAGAGGGGGCCGAUUGAAGAAUACUUCAGGCUCCUCACUACCACCAUGGAGAAGCACGGGUUGAGGGAGAAACCCCGUCAAGUCUAUAACUGCGAUGAGACGGGGUUUCAGCUGGACUCGUCGAGACGAAAGGUCCUCGUGCCCCGGGGGACAAAUGCUUACAGGCAGGCCCAGGGGACCAGGGACCACGUCACCGUCCUGGCCUGCCUCAACGCGGCUGGGGAGGAUAUCCCCCCUUUCAUAAUUUACAAGGGGGGAUAUCCCGGGGGGCCCUAUAACAAGGAGGGGGUCCCCGACGCCCUCUACGGGAAGUCACCGGCAGGGUACAUGGACAGUGAGCUGUUCAGGAAGUGGUUUGUCGGGCAUUUCCUGAAGUUCGCCGCGCAGGAGCGCCCGCUGCUGCUUGUUUUUGAUGGGCACAAAUCCCACCUGGAUCCAGAGCUGGUCCGGGUGGCACAGAGGGAGGAAGUCAUUCUCCUAUGCCUUCCACCACACACAUCUCACAUCCUGCAGCCUCUGGAUAUGAGUUUCUUUGGACCCUUGAAGGCAGAUUUCUCUGGAAUUACAGGAGAUCUGUCGGUAAUGAGCCACUCCUUCUUGGUUUCCAAGAAGGAGUUUUCAAGGGUCCUUAGGGACUCAUAUCAGAGGGUGAAGGAUCGGGGAGUGGUGGUGGCUGGGUUCAGGAAGUGUGGCCUCUACCCUCUGGACCCGGAAGCCAUUGAUUGGUCACGGGUCAUGCCAUCCGGACCGCGGCGUGGGACCUCCUCGCCACCUCCGCCAACCCCAUCAGCAUCUUCCUGGGCCAUGCCUGAUGUUACCCCCCCAUCCCAACACCCCCCCCCCCACACCAGAGUCCACCCCCUGACCCUAGUUCACCCCCUGUCCCUAGUCCACCCCCUGUCCCUUGUCCACCCCCUGUCCCUUGUCCACCCAAUCCCUACUCUACCCAUCCCCUGGUAACAUCAGGCAGGAUCUCAGUAGACCUGGCCCACCUCCUGCCCGAGGUGCGUUAUAAUACCACCAAGGUCAGGAGGAAUACCACCAAGGCCAGGAUACUGACGGCUCAGGAGAUGUCUGAUGCCAUCGAGGAGGCGGAGGACCGUGCUGCAAGGCGGGAGGCCCAAGCUCUGGCCAGAGAGCAGCGGCGGGCCGAAAACAACGGCCCGACAGCCACUUCCUCUACCCUGCCUGGUGGCUCCCGUCCCAGCCGCAGAACAGCAUCCCCCGGGGCUGCCUCGGCCUCCAGCUCCGGCCUUUCCAUCGCCGGUCCCUCAACCCGCUCGGC